AUGACUUCGAUUUAUACAUCUACAGAACCUACGAAUUCUGCUUUUACCACUGAGCACUACAAACCUCAGUUAGUUGAAGGCGUAAAUUCGGUGCUUGUCAUUGGGUCAGGCGGGCUCUCUAUUGGUCAAGCUGGUGAAUUCGAUUACAGUGGUUCUCAAGCUAUCAAAGCUUUGAAGGAAGAUAACAAAUUUACUAUAUUGGUUAACCCAAAUAUCGCUACUAACCAAACUUCUCAUUCCCUGGCGGAUAAGAUUUAUUACUUGCCCGUUACACCAGAAUACAUCACAUACAUCAUUGAACUUGAAAGGCCGGAUGCCAUACUUUUGACCUUCGGUGGUCAAACGGGUCUAAAUUGUGGUGUGGCUCUGGAUGAAUCUGGUGUUUUGGCCAAAUACAACGUUAAAGUUCUAGGUACUCCCAUCAAGACUUUGAUCACUUCUGAAGAUAGAGACCUCUUCGCAUCUGCUUUGAAAGAUAUUAACAUCCCGAUUGCGGAAUCAUUUGCCUGUGAAACUGUGGACGAAGCUUUGGAGGCAGCUGAAAGGGUCAAAUACCCAGUUAUUGUCAGAUCUGCAUACGCAUUGGGUGGGUUAGGUUCAGGUUUCGCUAACAAUGCAGGUGAAAUGAAGGAACUUGCUGCGCAAUCCUUGUCGUUGGCCCCACAAAUUCUUGUUGAAAAAUCCUUGAAAGGUUGGAAAGAAGUUGAAUAUGAAGUGGUCAGAGAUAGAGUUGGUAAUUGUAUCACAGUAUGUAAUAUGGAAAAUUUCGACCCACUUGGUGUUCAUACCGGUGAUUCCAUGGUUUUUGCUCCUUCGCAGACCCUAUCGGAUGAAGAGUUUCAUAUGUUGAGAUCAGCAGCAAUUAAAAUCAUUAGACACCUUGGUGUUAUUGGCGAAUGUAACGUCCAAUACGCUUUACAACCUGAUGGGCUAGACUACAGAGUUAUUGAAGUGAAUGCACGUCUAUCUCGUUCCUCUGCAUUGGCAUCCAAGGCUACUGGUUACCCCUUAGCGUACACUGCCGCUAAGAUUGGACUUGGUUAUACCUUGCCAGAAUUGCCUAACCCAAUCACAAAAACCACAGUAGCUAACUUUGAGCCAUCUUUAGAUUAUAUUGUGGCGAAAAUACCUAAGUGGGAUCUUUCAAAGUUUCAGUAUGUGGACAGAUCCAUCGGUUCAUCAAUGAAAUCAGUUGGAGAAGUUAUGGCUAUCGGUAGAAACUAUGAAGAAGCUUUUCAAAAGGCAUUAAGACAGGUGGACCCAUCACUGUUGGGAUUCCAAGGCUCUGCUGAAUUCGGCGAUCAACUUGAUGAAGCCUUGAGAACUCCAACGGACAGAAGAGUUCUUGCCAUUGGUCAAGCCUUAAUCCAUGAAAACUAUACAGUUGAGAGAGUUAAUGAACUGAGUAAAAUUGACAAAUGGUUUCUUUACAAGUGCAUGAACAUUGUCAAUAUCUAUAAAGAACUUGAGUCAGUUAAAUCUUUAAGUGACUUGAGUAAAGAUCUCUUGCAGAGAGCCAAGAAAUUAGGGUUUUCGGAUAAGCAGAUUGCGGUUACUAUAAAUAAACACGCCUCCACAGACAUUAACGAACUGGAAAUCAGAAGUUUAAGAAAAACGUUAGGUAUCAUCCCCUUUGUCAAGAGAAUCGAUACUUUAGCCGCAGAAUUCCCAGCACAAACUAAUUAUUUGUAUACCACUUACAACGCUACAAAAAACGAUGUAGAGUUCGACGAAAACGGUAUGCUUGUACUAGGCUCAGGUGUCUAUCGUAUUGGUUCAUCUGUGGAAUUUGAUUGGUGUGCCGUGAACACUGCUAAGACUUUAAGAGCUCAGGGUAAGAAAACUAUCAUGAUAAACUAUAACCCAGAAACAGUUUCCACAGAUUUCGACGAGGUUGAUAGAUUAUACUUUGAAGAAUUAUCGUAUGAAAGAGUGAUGGACAUUUAUGAGUUGGAGCAAUCCGAGGGUUGCAUUAUUUCCGUCGGUGGUCAAUUACCUCAAAACAUUGCCCUGAAACUUUACGAUAACGGCUGUAAUAUAAUGGGUACUAAUCCAAAUGAUAUUGAUAGAGCUGAGAACAGACACAAAUUCUCUUCUAUUUUGGAUUCUAUUAAUGUCGACCAACCUGAGUGGAGUGAGCUAACAUCAGUAGAAGAAGCAAAAUUAUUCGCUUCUAAAGUUAACUACCCUGUGUUAAUUCGUCCAUCUUAUGUGCUUUCCGGUGCAGCAAUGAGUGUUGUCAAUAAUGAGGAGGAACUGAAGGCCAAAUUAACCCUGGCAUCUGAUGUUUCUCCUGACCACCCAGUCGUCAUGUCUAAAUUUAUUGAAGGUGCCCAAGAAAUUGACGUUGACGCCGUUGCUUAUGAUGGUACUGUCUUGGUACACGCAAUUUCUGAGCAUGUUGAAAAUGCAGGUGUGCAUUCUGGUGAUGCUUCUUUGGUCUUACCGCCUCAACAUCUUUCUGAUGACGUGAAGAUUGCUCUAAAAGACAUUGCUGAUAAAGUUGCGAAAGCUUGGAAAAUCACUGGUCCCUUCAAUAUGCAAAUCAUCAAAGAUGGGGAGCAUACAUUGAAAGUCAUUGAAUGUAACAUUAGAGCUUCUAGAUCAUUCCCAUUCGUUUCGAAAGUUUUAGGCGUUAAUUUUAUUGAAAUCGCUGUAAAGGCAUUUUUGGGCGGUGACAUUGUGCCAAAACCGAUUGAUUUGAUGCUCAACAAAAAGUACGACUAUGUCGCUACUAAAGUCCCUCAAUUUUCCUUUACGAGAUUAGCUGGUGCUGAUCCUUUCUUAGGGGUCGAGAUGGCAUCAACUGGUGAAGUUGCUUCUUUUGGUAAGGAUUUAAUUGAAAGCUACUGGACUGCUAUCCAAAGUACUAUGAACUUCCAUGUACCAUUACCUCCAAGUGGUAUAUUAUUUGGUGGCGAUAUAUCUCGAGAAUAUUUGGGCCAGGUGGCUUCCAUAGUGGCCGCUAUUGGUUACAGAAUAUAUACUACCAAUGAGCCGACUAAAACAUAUCUAGAAAAGCACAUCAAGGAAACAAACUCGCAGGUAUCUUUGAUUAAAUUUCCAAAGAAUGAUAAGAGAAAAUUACGUGAACUAUUUCAAGAAUACGACAUCAAAGCUGUUUUCAACCUAGCUUCCAAGAGAGCUGAAAGCACUGAUGAUGUUGAUUAUAUUAUGAGAAGGAAUGCUAUUGAUUUUGCUAUCCCAUUGUUCAAUGAACCCCAAACGGCUUUAUUGUUUGCGAAAUGCUUGAAAGCAAAAAUUGCAGAAAAGAUCAGAAUUUUGGAAUCUCAUGACGUUACAGUCCCACCGGAAGUCCGUUCUUGGGAUGAAUUUGUUGGUUUCAAAGCAUAUUGA